AGGCAAAGGUCGCGUAGGUUCAAUCUUUCACACAUCAUCAAUCAUCGAUACGUACUUACCAGAAUCCUUAUUACCACAAUGCGAAUUUGGCUUUUGUUCUCCUCCUGCGGUCUCCUUGUAGCUACGACGAGGACAUCGAACGUCCCUGCUACAAGUCUUUGUGAGGCCUGGAAAGGCAGUGAUCCUGCUAAUGUUUCUGUACCAAAUGAGGAAGAAUAUGAGAUCCUCAAAAACAGUAAUUGGUCACCUGUUGCGCGGCGACAGCCGGCUUGCAUUAUCAGGGUACAAAAUACGGAGACAUUAAAAGAAUUAUUGCCCCAGCUUGUAGAGGCGCAGGUUCAAUUUGCCAUUCGGAGCGGGGGGCAUAUGGUAGUCCCCGAAGCUUCUAAUAUAAAUGACGGAGUAUUGAUCGAUCUAUCGAGGGUGGACGCCAUCAAAUACAGCCCUCGUGACCAAACAGUACUGGUUGGCAGUGGGGCACGAUGGAAGCAUCUAUACGAGGUCCUGGAGAUGUACAAUCGGACUGCAGUUGGGGGAAGAAUGGCAGACAUCGGCAUUGGUGGUUUACUACUUGGAGGUGGUCUUUCGUGGCUAUCAAACAAGUAUGGGCUUGCAUGUGACAAUGUAGUCAACUAUGAAGUGAUAUUGGCCAAUGGAACUAUUAUCAACGCAAACGCAUCAAGUUCAAGCGAUCUCUUCAGAGCAUUGAAAGGGGGUGGAAACAAUUUCGGGAUUGUCCUACACUUCACUCUCAGAACAUAUCCAUUGCAACGUGUAUGGGGUGGCACCAAGUUUUAUGCACAUGAGCAAUUCCCCGCAUUAGUCGCAGCGCUGGCGCGAUACCAGGCUGCACCGAUACAGGAUCCCGAUGCCAAUGUGAUGAUACAAGGACCGAUUACAAACUCGAGCUACGGAAUAAUUUUGACCUUGGUAUAUAGCCAACCAAUCGAAAAUCCUCCAGCUUUCAGCGCCUUUGAGGGCAUUCCAGUUUUGUUGGAUAAUACGGCCAUUCGAACCUAUGCCGACUUGAUAGCUAGUGCCAAUGAAUCGGAUAUAAGUCAACUACUUAAGUGGGACUUUCGUACUGCAACCUUUGCUUUGAAUGCCACCCUCUACAAUGAGCUUCUUCAUAUUACUACCGAUUCGCCAGAGGUGGCGACUAUCUCCAAGCUUAAUUCGGGAACCUUCGUGUUCAAUCUUCAGCCUAUAUCCACAGGGGUCGUUAAAGAGGGAAAGUUACGAGGCGGAAACUCCUUGGGGCUUAGCGAAGAACCGCAAGUAUGGGUAGAAUAUCUGACAGCAUGGUCGGAUGUCAAGGCCGAUGAUCUAGCGUACUCUUCUGCUAGAUCAAUCCUCAACAGGGUAGAACAGGUUGCACACAGAUCGGGCAAUUAUCACCAGUACAAGUUCAUGAACGAUGCGAGUUGGGAUCAAGACGUCAUCGGUCAUUAUGGUGAUAAUAAUGUAGCUUUCCUCAAGAGUGUACAGGUAAAAUAUGACCCGGGGAGGACAUUUCAGUCUCUAGUAAGAGGUGGGUUCAAGAUUCCCACUUGA